AUGAACAAAGGUUUUACAGGUGUGGAACGACACAAAGCUUUGUUCAUUUACUGGGUUCUGGCGUUUGUCUCUAAAACAAUCAAGUUUUUCAAGUACACGGAGCAUGGCAUCGGCCUGAGACAGCUGCGCUUCGGGAUCACAGGCUUACUGACGCUGCUAUACGGCCUGCUGUUGGCCGUAGAGAUCAAUGUCAUCCUGAGGAGGCGAUAUAUGUGUUUUGCACACCCCACUGAAGUGAAGCCCCCAGAGGAUUUACAGGACCUGGGGGUUCGAUUCCUGCAGCCCUUUGUGAACCUGCUGUCUAAAAGCACAUACUGGUGGAUGAACACCUUCAUCACUGCAGCACACAGACGCCCCAUCGAUUUGAAGGUCAUUGGCAAGCUACCAAUCGCUAUGAGAGCUCUAACUAACUACCUGAAGCUCCGCGAGGCCUUUGAAGCCCAGAAGAGGCCUCAAGGCACUCCGCUGCAGGGGCCCAAGUGUAUCUGGACGGCUCUGCGACAGGCCUUUGGAAGACCUCUGUUUCUCAGCAUCACCUACCGUUUCAUGGCAGAUCUGCUUGGCUUUGCCGGGCCGCUCUGCAUCUCAGGCAUCGUGCACCAUCUCAGUAAAGAGAACCACACCAUUCAGCCACCGGUGAAGCAUCUUGGAAUCUACUUCAUCUCCUCCCAGGAGUUUCUCGCUAAUGCUUACGUCCUCGCCGUGCUGCUGUUCUUCGCUCUGCUCCUACAGAGGACUUUCCUCCAGGCCUCCUACUAUGUUGCCAUCGAGACUGGAAUCAACCUGAGAGGAGCCAUUCAGACAAAGAUCUUCAAUAAAAUAAUGCAUCUCUGCACCUCCAACAUGUCCAUGGGGGGAAUGACAGUGGGCCAGAUCUGCAACCUCGUUGCCGUAGACACCAACCAGCUGAUGUGGUUCUUCUUCCUGUGUCCCAACCUGUUCGCAAUGCCAGUUCAGAUCAUAGUGGGAGUCAUCCUCCUUUACUACCUCCUGGGAAUAAGUGCCUUGAUAGGGGCCACGGUCAUCACCCUCCUGGCUCCGGUGCAGUACUUUGUGGCGACCAAGUUAUCAGAUGCACAGAAAAGCACAUUGGAAUAUUCCAGCGAGCGGCUGAAGAAGACCAAUGAAUUGCUGCGGGGUAUCAAACUCUUGAAGCUGUACGCCUGGGAGCACAUCUUCUGCUCGAGCGUGGAGGAGACCCGGGGCAAAGAGCUCACCAGCCUGCAGACCUUUGCCCUCUACACCUCCAUAUCCAUAUUUAUGAGCACAGCUAUUCCCAUCGCAGCGGUUCUCGUUACGUUCGUGGCUCAUGUUCAUCUGUCGGAUGAUGCAGAUCUGUCCCCCGCCGUGGCCUUCGCCUCCCUCUCGCUCUUCCACAUCCUGGUCACUCCUCUCUUCCUGCUGUCCAGUGUGGUCCGCUCCACCGUCAAAGCCCUGGUCAGUUAUGUUCAUAAUAUCACAAUACUGGUCAGCAUGGAGAGGUUAGCACUGUUAAAGAGGCUGCUCACGCUGAUGUUGUUUUUCUCACCUCUGAUAAAGCCUCUGAAGGUGGUGAACCGUAAGCGACCCGUCAGAGACGACUGGAACAGCUUCGCCCUUCAGAGUGAGCAGGAGGAUGAGCCGCUGGCGGUGGAGGAUGAAGAUAUCUGCAUCAAGAUCACAAAUGGAUAUUUCAGCUGGACUGAUGGAACCCCAACGUUGUCCAAUGUGAAUAUUAAGAUUCCUUUUGGUCAGUUAACUAUGAUAGUGGGCCAGGUGGGUUGUGGGAAAUCAUCUCUGUUGUUGGCUGCACUGGGUGAGAUGCAGAAGAUCUCCGGCACUGUUAAAUGGAACAGACUGCCCACUCUGGAUGCAGAAGGAAAUGAAAGCCCCACAGAUGCAGCUGCAGACGGGGAUAUCAGGAAAAGAGGUGCUGUGGCAUACGCUUCCCAGAAGCCCUGGCUCCUAAACACCACGCUAGCGGAGAACAUCACUUUUGAGAUGCCCUUAAUAAAGCAAAGGUACAGAGCGGUAAUUGAAGCAUGUUCUCUCCAGCCGGACAUUGACAUCCUGCCCCAGGGGGACCAGACGGAGAUCGGAGAGCGGGGCAUUAUUCUUUCCGGAGGCCAGAGGCAGCGAAUCGGUGUCGCUCGAGCUCUUUAUCAAACCACCAAUGUGGUGUUCCUGGAUGAUCCGUUCUCAGCGCUGGACAUUCACCUGAGUGAUCACCUGAUGCAGGAGGGUAUUCUUAAACUGUUGAGGGAGGAGAAGAGGACGGUGGUGCUUGUGACACACAAACUGCAGUAUCUCCCACACGCAGAUUGGAUCAUUGCAAUGAAGGAUGGCAGCAUACAGACAGAAGGGACAUUAAAGGACAUCCAAAAUUCUCAGCCUGAGCUGUUCGAGCAGUGGAAGACUCUGAUGCACAGACAAGAUAAAGAAUUUGAGAAGGAGACAGUAGAUCAGAAUAUGACAGUUCUGGAAAGAAAAAAUUUGAGGCGAGCCAUGUACUCUAGAGAGGCUUUGAAGACUGAGGAGGAAGAAGAAGAACAGUCCGUGGAGAGCGAUGAAGAAGAUAACCUAUCUCAAGUGAUGAGGCACAGAGCCACCAUCCCAUGGAAAUCCUGCGGGACAUACCUGAGCUCAGCAGGCCUCCUCCUGCUUCUCUUGCUCCUGCUGUCCCAGCUCCUCAAACACUCCCUUUUGGUGGCCAUCGACUACUGGCUCGCUUACUGGACGUCCAAAGUCAUCACAGCCAAAAUCGAUGCAGCCGCACACAACUGCUCCCUAGUGCAGGAUGUUGGUUUCAGUCACUCGUCAUACCUGCUGGUGUUCAGUCUGCUGUGCUGUCUGGGUAUCAUACUCUGUCUGGCCACAUCAGUGGCUGUGGAGUGGACAGGCCUGCGGGUGGCCAAAGAACUGCACCACAAUCUGCUCAAUAAUAUUAUCCUUGCUCCAAUGAGGCUCUUUGAAACGACUCCUUUAGCAAGCAUAUUAAACCGUUUCUCUUCUGAUACCAAUACGAUAGAUCAGCACAUUCCUGCCACUCUGGAGUGUUUGAGUCGCUCCACGCUGCUGUGUGUGUCAGCUCUGGGUGUGAUCUCAUACGUCACGCCGGUUUUCCUCAUCGUACUCGCACCACUGGCCACCGCCUGCUACUUCAUCCAGAAAUACUUCAGAGUCGCAUCAAAAGAUCUCCAGCAGCUGGAAGACAGCACACAGCUUCCUCUGCUCUCACACUUCUCGGAGACAGUAGAGGGGCUCACAACCAUCAGAGCGUUCAGGUAUGAGCCUAGAUUCAGACAGAGACUUCUAGAGUUCACAGAUGCCAAUAACAUGGCCUCUCUCUUCCUCACAGCGGCCAAUCGCUGGCUGGAGGUCCGAAUGGAGUACAUCGGGGCCUGUAUUGUCCUAAUAGCAGCUGUGGCGUCCAUCACAAACUCGCUGUACAAUCAUCUGUCCACGGGGCUGGUGGGGCUGGGACUCACAUACGCCCUCAUGGUGUCCAAUUAUCUGAACUGGAUGGUGCGUAAUCUGGCAGACAUGGAGGUGCAGCUGGGAGCUGUGAAGAAAAUAAAAGCCCUGCUGAGGACUGAACCUGAAAACUACGAGGGUCUGCUGUCGGCGUCUCAGGUUCCUGAGGGUUGGCCUCAGCAGGGUAAGAUUCAGAUCCAGAAUCUGAGCGGGAGGUACGACAGCACCCUGAAGCCGGUCCUCAAACACGUCAAUGCCCACAUCAGCCCAGGACAAAAGGUUGGAAUCUGUGGUAGAACAGGAAGUGGCAAGUCGUCUUUCUCAUUAGCCUUUUUCCGGAUGGUGGACACAUUUGAAGGGCGAAUAAUCAUCGAUGACAUCGAUAUAGCAAAGCUGCCCCUUCAGACGCUGAGGUCGCGCUUCUCUAUUAUUCUGCAAGAUCCCUUCUUAUUCAGCGGAACCAUCCGUUUUAAUCUAGAUCCAGAGAUGAAGGCUACAGACAGCAUGCUGUGGGAGGCGUUAGAAAUCGCACAACUCAAACCAGUAGUUAAAACCCUGCCUGGAGGACUAGAUGCCAUGAUAACUGAAGGUGGGGAGAACUUCAGCCAGGGGCAGCGUCAACUCUUCUGUCUGGCGCGCGCUUUCGUGCGGAAGAGCAGUAUUCUGAUUAUGGACGAGGCCACUGCUUCUAUAGACAUGGCUACGGAGAGCAUUCUACAAAAAGUUGUGAUGACUGCCUUCGCCGACAGAACUGUGGUCACCAUCGCCCAUCGUGUGCACACCAUCCUGAAUGCAGACCUGGUGAUUGUGAUGAAGAGAGGCGUCAUUCUGGAGUUUGACAAACCAGAGGUUCUCCUCAAUCAAGAGGACAGUGUGUUUGCUUCGUUCGUGCGAGCCGACAAAUAAACCAGAGACCAUCUACUGAAAGUGCAAUUGUUCCAUGAAGAAUGAAUAAUUUA